ACCAGCAGUCGGUUCUGAAUCUUUCAACGGGAAACAUAUAUAUUCUCAAUAUAAUACAGAUAAAGAAGAAGAAAUGAUGUUAUCGGAAUUAUUCUGCUAAGCUGUCCAAUUUUCAAGUUUAAAACAGGCCCGAAAUAUUCCUCAGUAUGGGUUCAAAGCUUCUCAUGGUGUUUGUUUGCAUUUACUCUUCAGUACACGCUACUCCGGUCAACCAGGACGAAGUUCAAGUCCAAAACUCUCCACUAGAUGUCUCUACCGGUAGAUUCGUCGAGGUUCAAAAUGCCAGCCUUGUGAUAACCUACACUGGGAUCAUAGUUGCUAUUGUUAUGAUGGCUUCAUUUCUCUCUAUAGCAGCCUACUACAGUACAGGAGAACAAUAUAGAAACUUCAAGACGAAACGGAGUUUACUUCAUUCAGGUUUAGAUGAUGUGGGACGGAUACUUGAUGAAGCCCUGCUCCAAUACAAUUAUGAAGAUGAGGAAGAAAUUGAAAAUGAUUUCUUCCCCUGGCAGUAUGAUAAAACAAGGCUUAAGAUCAGGAGAAACAGGAGAUCUAAGAUUGAGAAGGAUGAAACAGGUAGAAAGAACCCGGAGAAGGAUGGAACCAGGGAAAUAGAGAACCCGAAGAAGGAUGGAACCAGGGGAAGAGAGAACCCGGAGAAUGAUAUCAGUUGUGUUGAAUAUGAAGAGUUCUGUAAACUAGGAUUUAAGGUUCGACAAAACAAUCUUCAGAUAGGAGAAGCUCUGCCUUUAGUUUACAGUGCUCUGGGACGAAGUGGAAAUCAAGAUUUCCGGAGUUCUCUUUCAACCUUUCUCAGUGGACUUCAGGGCAGGAACUGUUCUCAGAAACCAGAUUAUUGUAAAUAAAAAAGAGAAUAAAAUGAAACGACACGUUG